AACUAGCUGAAACCUGCGGAGAUGAUGAUGCGGCGACAGACGGAGCUGCUUCAUUCACUGAUAAACACUCGGCUCGGGUUCUGCUUUUAUGUUUUUAGUAUGUUUUAAACAAAUACGCUAAGAAGACCGUUUCUACAAUUUAUCGACGUAAUCUCAUACCAAGAAAGGGAGCGAAACACCGAAAGGUAACGCGCAGUCAUAUUGCUGAUAAAUCACCAGCUUGUCUCAGCUGCAGAUGGGGGAGUUUGAGAGUGGCGCUCUGGGCCGGGUAACGGUGUACUCCAUCAAGGGAUGCCCACACUGUGUGCAGGCCAAGGCCACCAUCAGGGACUUGGGAGUGCCAGUAUGUGACAUAGACGUUGGCAGUCAUUCAGAGGUGAGAGUGAAGCUGAAGGAGCUGACAGGACGCAGCACGGUGCCUCAGAUCUUCUUUAACGGCGUUCAUGUUGGGGGUAACGACGACCUGCAGAAAUUGGCUCCUGACGAGCUUCAGCGGCUGGUGACUCUGGUCAAGGAAGAACCUGUUCCAGCGGAUGCUCCACCUUUACCAGAGAAGAAUCUACCAGACGAUACAGCUGCAGAGACGGAGAAAGAUUUUGAAUGUGAAAGAGAUGAAAUGGCAGACCUGGUUGGGGACCUGAAGCAUGGAGAUGUGAUUGGCAAUCAUAGGCGGGGAGUGACUUUGUACAAAAAGAGCUUCUCAGGCAGCCAGCUUGUUGACUGGCUGCAAAAAGAGAAGGGCAUGGCCAGGGAUGCGGCCUGUAAUACAGGCCAGACAUUGUUGCAGAAGAAGUUCAUGGUCAGUGUGCAUGGUUGUGGGCUGAAGGAAGCCAUGUUUGGCAAAGGAAAAGACACCAUGGACACACUGUACAGGCUUCUGGAGGAUGACCCAAAUAACGCCCUCAACGCAGGACAGACUGCGAGCUGCAGUCCCAUACAGGCUGCAGAGCUCUCUCUGCUUGUACGAGAGCUGAUUCUGAAAUUGUUCUCGGAGCAUCUCUCUGCCGAUGGCAAGUCUGUGGACUACAAAGGCAUGUCUGCCAACCCCGACUUCCAGCGUUACUGUGAUUUAGCCAUCCAGUUGCAGAGGGUGGAGCUGCUGUCCCUGAGCCGGGAAGAGAAGAUGGCCUUCUUCAUCAACAUCUACAAUGCCUUAGUCAUCCAUGGGUACCUACGUCUGGGGCCGCCCACCAACAUGUGGCAGAGAUACAGAUUCUUCAAUUAUGUGAGCUACCUCAUUGGAGGAGAGGUUUUCACAUUACAAGACAUCGAGAACGGCGUCCUCAGGGGAAACAGAAAAGGUGUUGCACAGUUACUGAGGCCCUUCUCCAAAACAGACCCGCGUCUUCAGGUGGCAAUUCCAGAUGGUGAGCCACUCAUUCACUUCGCCUUGAACUGUGGUGCGAAGGGCUGCCCGCCGAUUAAAACCUACACUCCAGAGGAUAUCGACAACCAGCUCCGCACAGCAGCCGAAGCCUUCCUGGAGAACGACGACGGCUGCACGGUGGAUUCUGGGAAAAAAGAAGUGCGACUCAGUCAGAUAUUCAAGUGGUACAAGGCUGACUUCGGAGGCACUGAUGAGAAGCUGCUGGAGUGGGUGCUGCACCACAUGGGUGACUCCCCCAAGAAAACCAGCCUGCAGGGCGUCGUCUCUGCAGGGAAGACCAAAGUCAGCUUCCUCCCUUAUGACUGGAGCUCCAACAGCUCCCACUGAACAUGCAGAUGCUGCACGUUGGUGAUGGAGAUACAAGCGUUUUAGCUGUUUAAUGGGCACAUUUCCAAUGUAGCACUGAAAAAGAAUUCUGUUGCAAGCUUUCUCUAGCCGUUCGCUCUUAUUAAGAGCUCUUACACCCCAUCACUGAUGUCAUAUAUGUAUAUAUGCUGUACAUAUAUAUAAACAGACAUCAUGUUUUAUGCGAUAGGAACACUUUUUACUCCAGCAGCUUAAUUGACAGCUUAUAAGACACAUUAUGCAUCUAAUUUUAUGAACUUUCCUGUGUGUGUUGUCAACUCAGGAGUAAAAAGUUAACAGCUAUGCUCUGGGCCCAGUCCAGCCCUGGCCGGAUCGUUCCCGUGGCAGGUCUGAAUCAAAGCUGAUGCUGCCUUUACAAGCCAUAUCUAAACCCUUUGAACUUAAAGCGAGUCUUUCACAUGGACUAGAGUGAAGAGUUUCCCCCCACACAGUCCAGCCGUGUUUUCAAUCCACACGUAUCAAAAGCUUGAC